CGCGCUGUUAUGUAAAUAAGUUGUAUGUCAAUUGCAGCACAAACAAAACAAGGCAAAAUUCGAAUUUCGUGCGCAGUUCGUAUCAGUUAUCAUGGAUGCAUAUUUAAAAUUGGAAUGGUCCAAGAACAACCGACGCAGCGAACAGCGGCUGCUGGAAUAUUUCGCCAUUGACUUCUCCCAAUACGAGGAGGACAUAUUCAACCUGCACAUCAAUGAAACUGACACGGUGCACCAGUUAGGGGACACCUUUAUGGAGAACAGCGAUGACCACGAAACGGUGCUGAAUUAUCCAAUUGAUCCCCGGACUGGACGAGAGGUACGGCAGCUGGAAAUUGACACGACCAAGGCUGAGGGCUUGUACGAUGACUUCCCUAGCGGGUCAAUGCUGAGCCAGGCAGAUCAUCAGCACUGUUUGAAGGUUUUGAACAGGAUCAACAUGAGGCUGGGAUUCGAAAGUGCGGAAGACUGCAAAGCCCUGAGCAAGUAUCACGCCCUUAUGAAGAAAGUGGACAACGAGCGGAUGUUGUUCGAGAGUUUUGUCAAAAACUAUUUCAACAGCAACUUGGUAUGCAGGAAAAGCUCGAUCGAUAAGGAGCUGGAUGACCUGGUUGUGGCCAUUUGGAAAGGAAAAGUUGGAAGAAUAUACACUGAUUUUGCGAACAAGAGGUACAUGCUGUCUACGGCUGUUAUGUGGCUUAACUAUAAGCAGCAUGAGCAUAAUGUGCGAUUUGAACCAGUUUCCGAAGAUGUGGUAGAAUUUGGAGUUGUGAAGAAUAUUUAUACCGAGUCUCUAUUGUCGUGUAAUACUUUGAGGCGGAAUCAACGCAUUUUGGAUGCAUUUUUCGAUGACCAGCACCGAUCGCUUCCGAUGGACGAUAGCGUCCAGGUGAACACAGUGCUGCAACAGGAUGAAGACAUCCGAUUUGUCAUUAACUCGGGAACACUUUGCUACCUGCUCAAUUGCGUAAGCAACAUGGAAGAGCAAUGGAUGGUUCCUUUUCGGAUCGAAAUGAUUGGAGGUCGUAACGUGAUUUUCAUUGACAAAAAACUCCAACCAAUCAAGAUGCCCACACACGAUAGGAACAUGAAAGCGCACAAGUAUUUGGUACGUAGCUUCAUGUCGGUUGUUAAGAAAUAUAAUCCUCAUAAUGUUAAUCGGGAAGCUGACGAGAAAGAUUCCCAACGCAUUAACAGUAUUGAGUAUAAAGCAAUUGGUUUUGAUGAGUAUCUGAGGUCAGUUGCCGAAAAAUCAGAACUCAAGCCAUACCCGAAUAGAAACUCUUGUCUUCAGCUGUGGACAUUGCAGGAAGGCGAUGACCAGUAUAGAUUUCUUAUCAGAUUCCGUAUGGACUGCUACGAAUCCUUGCGAAAAAUUAAAUUCUACAUCAACAUUUCGGUUAAACUGGAAUAUCAAACCGAGUUUGGCGCCGAACAAAUGACCAAGAGUGAACUCAUUCAUGAAUGGGCCCGGCAAUAUCUCCGACCGAACUCGAAAACCCUCCGAUUGCGGAUUAACGCGGUUACCCAUGUCAUCAUAUCUCACCACUAUCUCGAGCUGAAGGACAUAGAAGAAGAAUUGAAGCGCUCGUACGAUAUCGAACCAGCCAAUUUAUUUACAAAUCUUUGGCAAACCUUGAAAAUUCUUCUGAAUUUCCCUCCUGGGGAUCACAUCUUACAGCACGACAUGAAAAACAAAGACAUCGUAAAUGUACUAUCUAACGAUAACUCCCCCAAUCCAACCACAUCUUCCAUCAAUUUGGUGGAUCAAUACUCAAACGUCGAAUACGAUCGCCCGGCCGUCGAAUCGUACGAUUGGAUCCCAAUUGAUAAAUCUGUGAUAACUCAAAUGCAUCGCGAAAAUACGCUACUCCCGUGCACUUUCCCCCACUGGAUCUCCGUCAAGCGCAUCACUCCCCGGGGGAAACUCAAACACAGUCGACCCCCUCCUACGCAACAACCUGUUCCCGAUCAAAAACCCAAAAAGAAGAAAUCCAGGGGAAACCGCGUUCGUCGAAAGCUCAAGGAACGCGAAGCCAAAAAGCAGCAACGGAAGCAGGCUGGCUUUGUCGAAGAAAUGCAGCAAUCGUUGAAUCAAUUCGCUCCGUACGAGGGGCCGUCGCGAAACAGCGAACCAUCAUCCAUGGCAGCCAAGAAGGAUCCGAGCAAAAUGAGCAAUAGUCUGCGCGCCAUGGAGCGAGAUCCGUUCGAUUACCAUUCAUACGUGAAGCAAGCCCAGAAAGACGACCAAUAAACUGAAAACGAUAUAGGUAA